AUCCGGACGGCCCUCAUGGAGGGUCUGGACAUCAAGUGGGGCAAACGACUCGUCAAGAUUGAGAAAAUAGAGGGUGGUAUUCGAGCCGAGUUCACUGAUGGCUCGACUACUGUAGGAAAAACACUGGUGGGUGCAGAUGGCUCGACAUCCGUGGUCCGCAAGUUUCUCGCGCCCACAACUCACGAGCUGCAUCGCCUUCCUAUCAAUGCGGUGGGCUGUGCCGUGACUAUGAGUGAAGAGCAAGUCAAUUAUUUCAAAAACCACGUCGAUCCACUCUAUUUCAUGGGUACGCACCCAGAAACAGAUACCUUUGUCUUUUGGUCUCUGCUAGACACUCCCACCUCUCCUGGGAGGCCCUACCGUGCACAGGUCUACUUUUCCUGGUUGGCUUCUGAUGCGGAUGCGGAACUGUUCAAGCAGCCCUUACUUGAAGUGUUCAAACAAAAGGGCCGGCCAUUCUUCCCUCGCAUGCGUGAUAUUGUUGACUCGUUGCCGGAUGACACCGUCGUUACAAAAGUCAACCUGGUCGACUGGCCCUCUGUUGAGUGGGACAAUUGGAAUGGCACUUGCACCUUGAUUGGCGACGCGGCCCAUUGUAUGGUGAUUUACCGCGGCGAGGGAGUGAACCAUGCCAUUGUAGAUGCCUGUCAACUCGCGGAUACUAUCAAGUCGGGUGCUGAUGGUGACAAGUCCAUGGAUGACGCUGUCAGAGAGUAUGAGAAGCAGAUGCGCCCGCGAGCGAGAGAGGCAGUGAAGACCAGCAGACAGGCCGGAUACGAUGGCCAUUGUUAUGCUAAAGUUGACAAGGAAGGAAGCUUCGCUCUUCUAGGUGAAAAGCCAGUCUAGUGGUCUUUCUUGUUAUCCAGGCCUUCUGUGCAAGGGCACAGCGGCCCAAGAACCGCAUGAUCUAGUACGCAUCUAGGUGAUGGGUGCAGAAAUGCCGAUAUUUCGGGCAGUUCUAACUGUAGGCUAUUGGAUAUUGGUCGAAAUUGUUAAAAGAGUUGGGUUGACACCGUUUCCCGGAAGCACUGCAACAGAUCUAUUUUUUUGCUCGUAUAAUUAUUUUUCCUGCCUAUACCCUAGUAGAUAUUCCACCCUAGGUAGAAUCAACUUUCGUGCC